CUCCACUUUACGAAAAAGCAGAAGUAACGGCACUGUCUUGAUCGGACAAAUCGGUGCGAACAGACUCCCCGCUCUCUCUCUCCCCCCGCGGUGUAGGAGCGAGUGCGGCCGAUGCGGAGCAGACUGAAGCGUCUGGAAGCUCGUGUCCAGUUAAAAUCCUCCGCUGUUUUAGUAUAUGUGGAGCCCAAGCGACACUUCUAUGAGAUUCCCCGCUGAACGAGACGAAGUUUGCUUGUUUUCCUAAACCGGGGGUGCUGGGGAGAGUCGAGAGGGCGAAAGAUGGUUUUGAACAGCCUCCAGUACGUCCUGGUUUGCCUGUGCUUGGCUUCUUUUUUCUCGUCUUGUCUGUGCAAAGCUCGGAUUUACACCAACCACUGGGCUGUCCGGAUACCCGGCGGACCCGAGCAGGCUGAGCAUAUCGCCAUUAAAUAUGGUUAUAGAAACCUGGGUCAGAUUGGUGACCUGAAGGACUACUACCAUUUCUUCCACAGCCGGACGAUAAAAAGGUCGACGAUUUCCAGCAGAGGCACACACAGCUUCAUCACCAUGGAGCCAAAGGUGGAGUGGCUUGAACAACAGGUUGUGAAGAAGCGAAUAAAGCGAGAUUACAAACCUUCAUAUCCCAGUCAGUCCAGUCUGGCCCAGUCCAACUCCAUUUACUUCAAUGAUGCCAAAUGGAGCAGUAUGUGGUAUAUACACUGUAAUGAUAAUAUCCAUAACUGCCAGUCUGACAUGAAUAUCGUGGGUGCCUGGAAGAGAGGAUAUACAGGGAAGGAUGUGGUGGUUACCAUACUGGAUGAUGGGAUUGAGAGGAACCACCCGGAUCUUAUACAGAACUAUGAUAAUGAGGCCAGUUAUGAUGUGAACGGGAAUGACAUGGAUCCCAUGCCACGAUAUGAUGCCAGUAAUGAGAACAAGCAUGGCACGAGAUGCGCUGGUGAAGUGGCAGCAUCCGCCAAUAACUCUCACUGCACAGUGGGCAUCGCUUACAACGCCAAGAUCGGGGGUGUCCGCAUGUUGGAUGGAGAUGUGACAGACAUGGUAGAGGCCAAAUCGCUGAGUCUCCACCCUCAACACAUAGACAUUUACAGUGCCAGCUGGGGUCCAGAUGACGACGGCAAAACCGUGGACGGGCCCGCCUCCCUCGCCAGACAGGCCUUUGAAAAUGGCAUCCGACUGGGCAGAAAGGGGCGGGGCUCUAUCUUCGUGUGGGCUUCAGGAAACGGUGGGCGGAGCCGUGAUCACUGUUCAUGUGAUGGCUACACUAACAGCAUCUACACCAUCUCCAUCAGCAGCACUGCAGAGAGCGGCAGCAAACCCUGGUAUCUGGAAGAGUGUGCCUCCACCCUCACCACCACCUACAGCAGUGGAGAGAAUUACGACCGCAAAAUCAUCACCACAGAUCUGAGGCAGCGAUGCACAGACAGUCACACAGGAACAUCAGCUUCAGCUCCCAUGGCAGCGGGGAUCAUUGCUCUCGCUCUAGAGGCAAAUUCUUUCCUGACGUGGCGAGACGUGCAGCACAUUGUAGUGAAGACAUCUCGUGCCGGGCAUCUCAGUGCUCCCGACUGGAAAACCAACGCAGCUGGUUAUAAUGUCAGUCACCUGUAUGGCUUUGGGCUGAUGGACGCAGAGGCCAUGGUGAAGGAGGCAGAGCGCUGGAAACAGGUUCCCUCUCAGCACAUCUGUGUAGAGAAUGCCGACAAACAGAUCAGAACAAUUCGUCCAGAACACGUCGUCCGGUCGGUGUACAAGGCAACGGGGUGCACGGAUAAUGCAAACAAUCACGUUAUUUAUUUAGAGCACGUUGUUGUACGUAUAACUAUUACACACCCACGAAGAGGAGACCUGUCAAUCAACCUCACCUCUCCAUCGGGGACGAAAUCGCAACUGCUUGCCAACAGGUUGUUCGAUCACUCUAUGGAGGGCUUCAAGAACUGGGAAUUCAUGACCACUCACUGCUGGGGAGAGAAAGCCGCUGGUGAUUGGAUACUGGAGAUCUAUGACUCUCCCUCUCAACUUAGAAGUCAGAAAGCACCAGGCAAGCUGAAAGAGUGGUCGCUGGUGCUUUAUGGCACCUCCGUGCACCCGUACUCGUUCCGCAGCGACAAGCCUCGGUCACUGGCCGAGUCUCAACCUGAGGAAGAAUAUAGUGAGGAAUAUGUUGGCCCCUGCCACCCAGAGUGCGGGGAGAACGGAUGUGAGGGUCCGGGACCUCAGCAGUGCAUCACCUGCCUGCACUACUUCCUCAAGUUCAAGAACAACACCAGGAUGUGUGUGCCCGAGUGUCCGCCUGGAUUUUUCCGGGACGAUAAGAAGCGCUGUAAGAAAUGCUCUCCCCUGUGCGAGUCUUGCGUUGGCAGUCGCAGCGAUCAGUGUUCCACCUGCCGGUCGGGGCUGUACCUGAUGGAGGGAGCCAACACCUGCGUCAGCUCCUGCCCAGAUGGCUUCUACCUGGAUCUCGAUUCCAGUAUGUGUCGAAAAUGCAGCGAGAACUGCAAGAAAUGUACCUCAGCGAACAUUUGCACAGAAUGCAAGACUGGGCUCAGUCUACAGGGAAAUAAGUGCCAGUUGAGCUGUGAACCUGGCACCUAUUAUAAUGGGCACAGACGGCUGUGUGAAAAAUGCCACCCUACUUGUGCCACCUGUGCAGGAACGGGCAUGGAAGCGUGUAACGAGUGCGCUCUGGGCUUUUACUUCGAGGAGUGGCGCUGCGUCUCCAGCUGCAGUGUGGGAUAUUAUUUGGCAGAACAGACGACGGAUAAUGGAGAUGUCCAGAAAUCUUGUCAGAAAUGUGACCCCACCUGUUUCGUGUGCACGGGUCCAGGAGAGAGAAACUGCAGCUCCUGUGUGAGCGGCUAUAACCUGGAGAACGGCGUGUGUCUCGUCAGCACUGUUUGCAGAGAUGCAAAUGAAGAAUCAUGGGCUGAGGGGAGUUUCUGUGUGCUUGUGAAAAAGAACAAUCUGUGCCAGAGGAAGGUUUUGCAGCAGCUCUGCUGUAGAACGUGUUCACUAAAGGGCUGAAGGAACCGCUCCGGCUACACUCGCCGCUCGCGUUCCGCUAAUUUAUAUUCCAUAUGAGAACCUCUAAUACGGGACUACAUCGUGAGGUCUCUCGAUGCCAGAACUACAACAAACCUACCUUUAUCUGUGUGUGUGUGUGUGUGCGUGUGAAGCUGUCAGGGUGGUGCGACUGGGAUCCGUAAUAAACAACAAAUCAUACAUGUCAGAAUUUUGUGACCAAAGCAUGGAUGCCAAAUUUUUUUAAAUCUUUUUUUGUUUUGUUUCCGUUUUGGGUCCGAGGAAGACAUGCUGGUGUUGACUUGCGCUUCAUUUUUCCACAAGUACAAUGAAAGCGAUGAUCAAAGCCGGUUGUGCACAAUCUGAAUAAAUGACUCUCAGACAACCUCUAAGAGUUUCAGCAAGACCUUUAUAAGUAUAUGGGAGAAUAAUAAUCCAUAGCACAGGUUCACUCAUUGACUGGUACGAGGUACAGCAGGUACUUCCUGAAAGUGAUGAGUGUUGUAUUGACACGAAUGACCUGGUAGUGCGCAGUGAUGUACGUCAUGACGUCCUCUCACUGUUCAAACAUUCUUCACCUCAGGCCGUUUUUGUGUGUGCGUGCGUGAUUGAGAAAUACUUCAUGGAAACCUAAUCGUAACCGCAGGUGUUAGCGUAGCUCGGAAGAUAAGACUUGACUAAAGUUAGUGAUGCCUGAAAUGGGGUGCGAAACACUUUUUUUUCAUUCUUUUUUAUCUUACCAGACCAUCAUAAUAUAUCCUUAAAAUGUUUGUUUUUUUAAUCCCUAUAGACUUGUAUCUCCAAUUCAUAAACCGGUGUUAAAAUUAUAACCUGUGAAAAUUUUCAGUGGUUUUACGUUCUUACGUUUCCCUCUGUGGCUAUUUCUGCUCCAUUGAUUCAUCAUGCGUAUUAAAAAUUGAAACGGUUCUGUUUUAAUGGCCGCCUAAAAUAGUUCAUUAUUCCAGGUAUUUAUACGUAUGAGAGAUGGUCAUGAUGAUGGAGUAAAAUGACAUCAUCCUUUUAUUUAGUCAUGACUGGUGCUAUUGAUGUAUUGGAACUGUUUGGACUGUGUACAAUGAAAAGGGAUGUUGCAUUAUUAAAUUCACAUUUGUGUCCAAUCCAGUGAUGCAAACCAACAAAUAUUUAUCAAUGCAUUGUUUUUUUGUCCUAGUCCAAAUUUUUGCGAUGCAUAUUACACAUGGCCGUAUCCUGAAAUAAGGGAGAAGCAUUACAUUUAAAUCGGAAACGAGGUGAAAUGUUUAGUUUUACUAAUAAUACUACACAACACCAUUGGAUUCUACAUUCAUUAAGGACAUGUGUGACCAAUCCACUUCUGCUCAAUGUUAAGGGGAUUUCUGUGUCUUUUAUUUAUGAAUGAUGUGGAUUCAGAUGACGUAGCCUUUUAUUUAUGAAAAAGAUUUAUAAAUGCUCAUGUAGGUGAAAUGAGGUGAGUGUGGUGGGAUGGGAUUGUCCAACCACGCUCAUCGUGUAUUCAAAACGUUGUAGUACGAUUCCUGCGGUACACUCAACAUCACCUAACUAAUGUUAUAUAGGAUUACGUGAAAUGUUCAAACGUGUUAUAUUUACUCUGGUCAUGUUUUUUUUUUCUUAUUGUAUAUAUGUAUUUUUAUCACUAUUAACCUUAUAAAUAUAUUUUGCACCCACGGUCAAUUGAUACGGGGAGGGGGGUGAUCCAAGUUUUUUUCAAAUUUGUUUUACAUUUCUGUUUUUAGCCAGUUGCCACGAACGGUUAGUCUAGAUGAAGAUUUGUUGUAGUCAGGGCCAGGGAAAAUGUUUUAUGUAGAGAAGACUGGGAAAACAAAUGGUUUACUGAUCUUUUUAUUAAUGAACUUUAAAAUAAAAACAAGACUCCAGAGAGAUUAUAUGAGACUUUUGUUUGCUCUUUUAGAUACUUCGCUUAAAAAAUUAGUUGCUUUUGCAGAAUAUAGUUUAAUUAAUGGUUUGCAGAAUAUGUCUGUGCCAUGGGCAUCUCCGAAUCCGAUACCUCAUUCCAUGUGGCUUGUUAUGAAAAGGUAUGUUGUAAUGCUGGGUUCACACCAAACGCGAACAAUCGCGUUCCACGCUCUUUAUUACUCGCGGGGAAAGUUAGUUAUUUUCACAUGAGUGACGCAAGCUGACAGAUAUUUUCAAUUUGCGCGGCAUGAGGAGAUUGGCGCGUGUUCGCGGCAAUCGCGCCGCCCGAUUUGAGUCAUUUGAAUCGCCUGCUGCGAUUUCGCGUCUUUGCAUCGCCUGUAUAUGUAAUUUACUCGUGCAAAACGCUUAAUUCGCGUUUGGUGUGAGCCCCCUAUUACUGUACUAAAUUGACUAAUUUACAAAAUUUUUGAGCGAUUAAAACAAAUGAUUAAAGACUGAAGGAAGGACUUGAGCCAUGUCUAAGACCUUGGGGAUGGACUCGUUUGAAAUCUAUAAAGAUGUAAUGCUGGGUUCACACCAAACGCGAACAAUCGCGUUCCACGCUCUUUAUUACGCGCGGGAAAAGUUCAUUAUUUACGUGUGAGUGACGCGAUCUGACAGAUAUUUCAACCUUCGCGAAAAACAAUAUUGAUGCUCGUUCGCGGCAAUCGCGCCACCCGAUUUGCGUCAUCGGGUGCCGUGCGAUUUGCGUCACUCGCCUGCCGUGAGUUCGUGUGUGUACGCGUCUUUGCUUUGACUUUGUAUGUAAUUUACUCGCGCAAAACGCUUAAUUCGCGUUUGGUUUGAACCCAGUGUUAGACAAUACACCACUGCUCUCAUUGGCUUUAAUAAAAAUGUUUUGUGGUGUAGUGUUCUUGUGGUGAACCGGUGUGAGAAUGAUUUUCUGCCUCGCCUUGUUUUCUUUACAAAAGGCCCUUUUUGUUCGGAAAAGAACAAUUCAGUAUCUAACCGAGAAGUCUUAUUUGUUGGGGAAGCCACAAGCGCUCGGAUGCUGACAAUACCGUUUGAAAGAGACAAUAUGCGUUCAGCCUUUUGUUUUGACCUGUGACUGAUUCCUUCAAGAAAGGAAUAUUUGCACCCCCCGAGCAACUAUUGUGACUGUCCCCGCGGGUGGAUAACAUGAUAAAGCCAUCACUGUGACUGCUAAACCUGUUUUCAGUUUUUACAUGUCAAACGGCGGUUGUUAUUUGUUUAGUUGAUGUAGGAUAAUUUAGCUCGGGUAGGAGCUGCUGUGACUUUUGCGUUUGUACGGAUGUUUUAUUUAGGUAAGAGUUACAGUCAUGUUGGGUCAUUUGGGACGCGUUGUGUGUGAAUGUUUGGUUCACGAUUAAAUGAAUGGAGUGUGUCCGAGCGUAAGCCGGAGGUCGUAUGAAGGGUCAGUCGACCACGGACCUCCAAGAUUCUUUAUGGUAAAUCUCACAAACACACCGGUCAGUCUGGGGUCAAAGGUCAGCUCAAUAUCUUACGCUUUCUUCACAGUCCCAUGACAUCAUGGUUGAGAUCUGGGACAGGUUUGAAUUCUGAGAACUUAAAAGCUUUAAUGUUGUAUUUAAAUACUUCUUGAUAGUUACUUUAUAUCUUUGAAUUAUAGAUGAGAGUUAAAAAGCUGAGUUUGGGUUUUUAUAUUCUACCUUCACUCUGUUCCUAUGUGAGAUCAAUAUACAGUAUUAGAUAUAUAUAUUUUCUAUCUCAAAAUCAUCUUUUUAUAAAUAUUCAACUUUUCAGAAAGUUAUUUUUAAAGACCUGCUGAUCAUACGGGUGCAGUGUGAAUGGGUUUUAAACCAGGGUUUGGGCUCGCAUGCUUUGUGAGCAUUUUGAUUUAUAAAUCUGGCGUUCUCAUGGUCUUUAAAUCAUCUACAAUCACAAACGGCAUCUGGCCAAAACUUCAUCCAGACGCCUUUCUCAUUAUCUCUAAAGCUCUGAACAUAUGAACUCAGGUAAGCACUUUGGUUUCCUUUUGUAUUUUUCCAUCUUUCCUUCUGGUUCUGAACUGGUUCUGGUUCAGAUGUGCUUUUGUUAAAACAUACAAUAUUUCUGAUGCAGUUGGAAACAUAUAUAUGUAAUAAAUAAAUCAUCAAAAUGUAAAGGCUACGGGUUUAAUACACUUUCAAAUUUGAAGCAUUUAAACUUUGAAAAUGAAUUUGAAAUUUAAUACAUGAAACUGAAAAACAUUAAUAAUGUUACAUGCAACAUAAAAUGACCCCAAAAUGAAUAUUUUAUUUACUCACCCUCGUGUCAUUCAAAACCUGUAUGACUGAAGAUAUGAAGAUAUUUCAAAGAAUUUUUGGGAACCAAAUAACAUUGGAUUCCAUUGUAUAGACAAAAAGCUACUGAAACAUUUCACAAAAUAUCUUCUUUUGUGUUCCACAGAAUGAAGUCAUAAUGACAUGAGGAUGAAUAAAUGCCAUCAUUUUUACUUUUUUAAGGGUGAACUAUAAAAUAAAAAUAUGUUGAUGCAGGUUGUGCCUUGGUAGUUCACCCAAUAGGAUCAAACAGAUGUCAUAUCCUAAAAUAAUCGCCAUACAUCAUUACACCCCAAGUAAAGUUUGAACGAUUACAUGACUGUAGAUAUUAUUUCUUUAUGUAAUUCACAGUCCUGCUCUCGCAUUCAGACAGAGUGGGUGAGGUUUAUUAUUAAUGUGUUUUCUAUAUCUGCAUCUCAGGGGAGUAUUUAGGCACACAUCAGAAAUGUCAACUCUGUCACGUCACAUGUUACAAGUGCAUAGGACCAGAGAGUGAAGACUGCAUC